AUGAGGCUCGCCUCCCUGCUGGUGUCCGUCCUGGAGCGGGGCCCGCCGCCCUCGCACCGCGUCACCUGGCUGCAGACCGUCCGUAUCCUGUCCCGGGACCGCGGCUGCCUGGACCCGUUCGCCGGCCGCCAGAGCAUCGGGGCGCUGGCCCGCUGGGCGGACAUCGCCGGCCCCGCGGGGCCCGGCGCGGGGCCCCCGGACAUGGCCGUCACGCUUGAGGCCCUCAAAUGCCUGUGCAACCUCGUGCUCAGCAGCCCCGCGGCGCAGCUGGCGGCCGCAGAGGCCAACCUGGUGGUGAGGCUCACGGAGCGCGUGGGACUUUACCGAACGAGGAGCUUCCCCCACGAGGUCCAGUUCUUUGACCUGCGGCUCCUCUUCCUGCUAACAGCGCUCCGCACCGACGUGCGCCAGCAGCUGUUUCAGGAGCUGCGGGGUGUGCGGCUGCUGACCGACACACUGGAGCUCACGCUGGGAGUGACCCCCGAAGUGAGCCCCCCCGAGUUCCUUCCCCUCCAAGAGACUGAGCGAGCUAUGGAGAUCCUCAAAGUGCUCUUUAAUAUCACCUUCGAGUCCAUCAAGAGGGAGGUGGACGAGGAAGAUAUCGCCCUUUACCAGUACCUGGGAACACUUCUGCGACACUGUGUGAUGAUUGCUGCUGCGGGGGACCGCACCGAGGAGUUCCAUGGGCACGCAGUGAACCUCCUGGGGAACUUGCCUCUCAAGUGUUUAGAUACCCUUCUCACCCUGGAGCUUCAUGAGGGCUCCUUGGAGUUCCUGGGAGUGAAUAUGGAUGUGAUCAGUGCGCUCCUUGCUUUCCUGGAAAAGCGUCUGCACCAGACCCACAGGCUCAAGGAGAGUGUGGCUCCUGUGCUGAGUGUGCUGACGGAGUGUGCCCGCAUGCACCGUCCAGUCCGGAAGUUCCUGAAGGCCCAGGUGCUGCCCCCUCUGCAGGAUGUCCGGACCCGACCUGAGGUCGGGGACCUGCUCCGGAACAAGCUUGUCCGCCUCAUGACACACCUGGACACUGACGUGAAGAGAGUAGCUGCCGAGUUCCUCUUUGUCCUGUGCUCGGAGAGUGUGCCUCGAUUCAUCAAGUACACAGGCUAUGGAAAUGCUGCAGGCCUCCUGGCUGCCAGAGGUCUCAUGGCAGGGGGCCGGCCUGAAGGUCAGUACUCAGAGGACGAGGACACGGACACAGAGGAGUACAAGGAAGCCAAGGCCAGCAGCAUCAACCCGGUGACCGGGAGGGUGGAAGAGAAGCCUCCCAACCCUAUGGAGGGCAUGACAGAGGAGCAGAAAGAGCAUGAGGCCAUGAAGCUGGUGAACAUGUUUGACAAGCUUUCCAGGCACAGAGUCAUCCAGCCCAUGGGGAUGAGUCCCCGGGGCCACCUGACAUCCCUGCAGGAUGCAAUGUGUGAGACCAUGGAGGAGCAGCUCUCCUCAGACCCUGACUCGGACCCUGACUGAGGACAUGGUGUCUCUGCCUCUUCCUGAACUGGUGCUGCUUCCAGAGACGCCCUCAGUGCCACCCGGGGAAGCCACACACUCCUCUGUCUGGGGACCCCCUUCUCUCUUCCCCAAGUUCUGUCUUGUGAUCUGCUUAGGACUGUGAUGGUCGCGUCCUGCUGUAGGUGGGGAAAUCAGCUUUUCCACAUGCAAAGUUGUCUCUGUGAUAUGUGUAAGUGCAGAGGCUACUUGGUCAGAGACAUCACAGCCAGUAUGUGUGGGGAAGGGUGGUACUGAGCUGGGAACACGGGUGCAAAACCAUCUGAGGUUGCUGGCCCAGAGCUACUGUAUGGGGCAUGUGGUGUGUUUUAUGCAGGGGAAUGGGCCUCUAACUGUAUAGCUAGAGUUUGGUAACAGAGCAAAGCAUGUGCUAUUGUUCCUGCCUCCUCAGCUCAGCACAGGGCUUAGCCACCUUAUUGGUUGUGAUAAAUAGAUCAAUCCUACCUAUUCAUUCUAGCCUAACACAUGAAAGAAAAUGCCCUUGUGGGACUGUAAACUGACUUCAGAGGAAUGGAAUAAAGAUGAGUUUUGGGCAGGAC